CAUGCGCGGCAGGCUGCGCGAUUUAUAAAAAUCGUUCCAAAUGCUAUCCGACACAAAUCCAUAAUUGCCGCCCAUAGUAAAAAUGUCAGCUGCAUUCGCGAGCAGCUCCGAUAGUAAAAUGAACAAUGUGGAAAAUGAUAACAGGACAGUUGAUAGUGUUAAGAAAAAAAGUUUCGGUGAUAAAAAUAAAAAGAACGAUACCAACGCAAACAGCAGCACGGUUAUAAAAGUAAAAAGUGUUAUUCCUAGACGAAGACAAGAUCUUCUAAAAUGGUACGGCUGGGGCUACAAGGACUCGAUGUUCAAACUAGGCGAGGAGGGAGCAACCUUCACUGGCAACAGAUAUUCUAUUGGAGGAAAGAUUCUGCCUCACCUAUCAAAAUGGGCCAUCGACAACUUGGGCGUAGACCCGACCAAGCCGCCAACGAUACCUAAAAUACCAACAACCUUUGCCGAAAGCAGACUGCCUGAGCCAAUACGUUUGGAACUGGAGAAAAUCGCGCUAGUGAGCGUGGAUGGCAUGGACAGGCUGAUCAGGGCCCACGGACAGACGCUGAAGGACAUGUCACAGCUGAGAAGCAACAGCUUCCCGAGGAUCCCCGAUGCAGUCAUAUGGCCAGAAAGCCACGAACAGGUUGAAAAAAUCGUAUCGUGCGCGUCUCGCCAUAACUUCGUUCUGAUCCCGUUCGGCGGCGGCACGUCGGUGUCGGGCGCCGUCACUUGCCCGGCCAAGGAGAUGCGCCCGAUCGUCGUGGUGGACACCAGCGACAUGAACUCCAUACUGUGGCUCGAUAAGGAUCAACUGCUGGCUAAGGUUCAGGCUGGUAUAAUAGGGCAGGAUCUGGAGCGCGAGAUGCGAGCCCGCGGCUUCACGGUGGGCCACGAGCCGGACUCGUACGAGUUCUCCACGCUCGGCGGCUGGGUGGCCACGCGCGCCAGCGGCAUGAAGAAGAACACCUACGGGAACAUCGAGGACCUGAUCGUGCAGACCAAGGUGGUGACCCCUCGCGGCGUGAUCGAGAAGAGUUGUCGCGUGCCGCGCAUCUCGUGCGGACCCGACUUCGAGCACAUCGUCAUGGGAUCUGAGGGGUGCUUCGGUAUCGUUACCGAGGUAACACUAAAGAUCCGUCCUCUGCCGCCUGUGGUCCGCUACGGGUCGCUGGUGUUCCCGGACUGGGAGUCGGGCUUCCACUUCGAGCGGGAGGUCGCCAGACAGCGGCUGCAGCCCUCCAGCAUACGACUCAUGGACAACGAACAGUUCCGUUUCGGCCAAGCCCUCAAAACUGAGAACACCUGGGGCGGAGUACUGCUAGACGGUUUGAAGCGCCUCUACAUCACGAAGAUCAAGGGCUUCGACCCCGCCAAGCUGUGCGUCGUGACUCUCCUCAUGGAGGGUUCGGCAGAGGAAGUCAAGGAACGAGAGAAGAAGCUCAACGCCAUCGCUGCCAAGUACGGAGGGAUACCUGCGGGGGCUACCAACGGCGAGAAUGGGUAUACUCUGACCUUCGUCAUCGCGUAUCUGAGGGACGUGGCCAUAGAAUACGACGUGGUGGCAGAGUCGUUCGAGACGUCUGUCCCGUGGGACCGCACGCUGGCGCUCUGCGCUAACGUCAAGCGCCGCGUGCGCGACGAGUGCGCCCGGAGGGGCAUCCACAAGUACCUCAUCUCGCACCGACUCACGCAGACGUACGACGCAGGCUGUUGCAUUUACUUCUACUUCGGCCACAACACGGCGCAGGUCUCCGACCCUGUCAACACUUAUGAAGAAAUUGAAGAGGCUGCCAGAGACGAAAUCAUUGCUUGUGGAGGUUCAAUAUCCCAUCAUCACGGCGUCGGCAAACUUCGUAAAAAAUGGUAUACAGACACAGUUAGUGAACCCGGCCGUCAGCUACUCCUCGCAGCUAAGAAGACCUUAGACCCUGACAACAUAUUUGCAUUAGCAAACAUGGCGUUUGAAGAACAAGGCAACGAAACUAUAGUCAAAAGUAAAUUAUAAGUUUAGGUUAAAGUUUUAAGUAUUUAAUUUAAUGAACUUGUUGAACAUGCUGGUGAGGGGAACGCUUCCAAAAGAACAAUUGAUAAAGAGUACUGAUUCUGCAUUUGAUUCCACAGAAAUCUGUUAAAGUAAGUCCCUGUUAAAAAAAACUUUACAAAACCUGUUGUCGGUUAACCUCAACACCUUCAAAACCAAUUUUUUUCUAUAACUUUAUAUUUUACAGGCAAAUUAUGGAGCGUUUUCCUAACAAAAGCUGUACAACAGUCAUCGAUUGUUCAGUCUAUCUGGAAACUGAACAUAAGAUUUUGAAGCCUCACUUCUAUUUAAAUGUAAUUAAAUAAAUAGUCGUCUACUUACAUUAUAAGAAGCUCAACACCUGUCACAAACAUCUAAGAAAAUUAAGCUUGACAUGACUUUUUUACGCAAGAGCGCGCAGACUGCUUUUUGACAAAUCACAUGUGUUCUUAUGAUAUUUAAUAAUAACUAUAAUAAGCAUAAUUAGGACGGGGACCCUUUAAUACUUAGAUAUUUAGGAAUGAUGUAUCGUCAUGCAAAUUUUGUGUGAGGUAAGGAUAAACUUCUAAAUAUCUAUCAUUUAGUUUCGUGUUAUGUUUUUUUAUAGUGCAAAUUGUGGCCUAUGUGGUUGAUAAUGGUUGAUCCCGGAUUCCCGUUGCGGACUGGGAGGUGUUCACACUAAACUGCAUUGAAAGAUUGGGGAAAUUGUAUUUAUUUAAAUGAAUUGUAAACAAUUUCUUGGAUUUCAGUUUGUGUCGAGUUUUAACAGUAAAAAAUCAAAUCCUAGAUCCGCAACUGAAAGGCGAAUACGAUCAAGUUUAAAGUCAAUUACUAAAUCGGUAAUAGUCUUGUAACACACUAUGUCUAUAAUUCAUUAAACUAGUCUUUUUUAAUAACGCAUUUCUCAAUUAUUUUAUAAGCAAAUUUCUUAUUCAGGUUAUGCAAAGCUAAAAAUAUUUAUUUGACUUAACUGCCUUUUUUAUCGCACUAAGUUCUAUAAAUUUCUUUUGAAGGCAUUAUGUUCUAAAAGUAAGCCUUCCUUGAAUACAUUUUGCUUAAUGUUAAUAUUUAAGUAAAAAGUUUGUGUCAUGCCAAAGAUUUUUUCAGAACAAACCUGAAGUAAAUUCACAAUGUACCACGCAGCUUUAUUAAAAGUACGCUAUGACAAAAGUUACUAAGGAACUGUGCGAACCAUUUUUAUUCAAGUGGCUUAGACCUUACGCGUUUAAAUCUCCAUUAUAAUUUUAAGUAAAAGUCAAUGCUGCUACUUAAAAACAUUUUUCCAUUGUAGCGUAAAUGAAAUCUGAAUUAUUUGGGACAAAAACCACAGCUCUUAUACAUUGUAUUUAUUUGUUCAUUUUGGAUUACAUAAUGUAAUGUAUUUAACAUUACACUAAUUAUCCGCCUACGAUGAACGAAUCAACGGUUUUUGCGUUUUCGCUAAUUGUGCAAGAAUGCAUGAUAUUCAAAUCAGGCACUUUCGAUUUCAUUGUGUGAUGUGUCAAAGUACGACACUGAAUUAGCAGUUCUUCAUCAUUAUUGCUCAAUACCUAAUCAUUUGAAAAUUCGUAGAUUAACAAUUUUAUUUAUUAAUUAUUUACUUACAUUCCCUUAGUUUCAAUUAAUUUAAUGUCAUUAAUAUAUUUUUAAGAACGGUGUUUGUGAUAAUUAUAUAGAAACGUGAUUAACAUGUACAUAAGUGAGGGUAAGUAAGAAUGCCAAUAAAGUUUGUGUUACCAAGAAA